AGGAGGUGGGAUCGUCUAUAACGUGUGUCUGUGAACUUCAAUCAUUACCUUCGUAAGGGGGAGCACAAAGCACGUUAGUGGCCUCCUGAUACUGAAAGUUAUUUACACACGACAUAAUAUUUCGGCGUAAAUCGUGUUCAGAUUUGAACCACCAAAUUUUGCUUAUAUGCACCAACAGCGACAGAGAGAGAAGUGAGUCUGUAAUCUAACUGAAUGAUCUGUUCCCCGCCAAAGUUCUUUGGGGUUUUCUUGACUGAGGUUUACGUGAAAUACAACUCUCCUCACUUCUAAGGUAGCUUGCAGUAACUUCAUACGUACGGGGUUAAGGUCGAGAGGCAUUUGGCCACCCAGAUCUAAGAAAGAAAUUGAAAUGAGAUCCAUAGUAUUUGGCGCCAUCUGGUGUUGUUAAUUGCAAAGAUCGAGUGAAGAAAAAUUCUCUAUCUAAUCGGAAGAUCAUCUCAUUGUUAAUCCUUUGUUCCUAUUUCCCCCCUCCCACAACAGAUGUGUCCAUUGGGCAGCAUUCUACAGAAGUUCGUUACCAUGCCAACGGCUCUGCUCCCCCACCUUGUGUUAGUGAAUGAAACACGUUUAGUGUUAGGAAGCUCAGUGUGCAGCCACACGGAUAGAGUCAACGAGAGAUUGUGAACUGGAAGCCUUGAAGUCAACUCUAUGCUUUUUUGUUUAUCCUAGAGCGUUUUGUAAAAUCCGACUGCUUUCUGAAAUUGCAAGAUUAAUGAAUUAAUUUCCUGAACGUUAAGAUGGACAAAUAAUGAAAGCGUGAUUUGUUUUUAAUUGUAAUUUUUGCUCGGGUCUUAGUUUUCUGGCUUAUGUGUCAUGGCGGAAGUUGUAAAUGGGUCUUUAAAUGAAAGUAAAUCAGUAAAAGGCGAAGUAAAAUCGAAUGGAAAUAUCACCAAGUCCGAGAUGACAGUAAAAGAGACAAAAGUUGUAGAAGGACAAGAAAAAUUCAAGAAAAACAAUUCAGGAAAUAAAGAAAACGGGGAAAGGGGGAGGACUAGCCCUAGGAAGACCAGAAAAUCAAAACAAUAUCCAAGACCCCCUCUACCUCCACUUCCUGAGGGCUGUGAGGCUGAAGAAAUCGAGUGUAGCGCCCCCUUCAGACGAAGUGGUGUGGUACGUGGACGUUUACUGAAGUCCUCUCGCGGCGACUUUCUAAGUUAUUUUUGUUACUACAGUCAAAUGGAGUAUAAACCAGGAGAUACUGUUUAUAUAGACAGUCAACGCCCGGACCAGCCAUUUUAUAUAUGUAACAUUCAGUCCUUCUGUAAG